AUGUCAAUGGAGAACAGCGUGUUAUGGCCGGUGAAAUUCACCGAGCACAGAAUUAUUACCAAAAAACUCACUAAAACCUCGAAUCUAAACCCCAUAAUUUCCUCUCAAAACCCGCAGAAAUCUAUUGUUCGCAGAAAUAUUCGGGUAACGGUAACUGACCCGGAUGCAACAGACUCAUCCGGCGAUGAAGGCGAUGAGGUUUUUGGAAGGCAGCGUGUUAAGAAAUACAUUCAAGAAAUCAGUAUCGAAAAAGCUAGCAAAACCCAUGUCCAUGGCAUUACUAGUAAGCUUCAGGUCAAGCAGAAGCCACCGAAGGUGAAGGCGGCUGGUGGUGGUGCUCGGAAGUUCAGGGGAGUCCGGCAGCGGCCGUGGGGUAAAUGGGCAGCCGAGAUAAGAGACCCGGCCCGAAAAGUCCGGCUUUGGUUGGGUACUUAUGACACUGCUGAAGAAGCUGCUAUUGUGUAUGACAACGCUGCGAUUAAACUCCGGGGACCGGACGCUUUAACCAACUUCAAAAAUCCGGCGGUCGUAGAGGAGAAGCCGGAGAAUCAUGUGACUUCAGUUUCCGGCUACGAAUCUGAUAAAGACUUACAUAAAGUUUCUUCUCCGACCUCCGUUCUCAGGUUCACAAGUACCCAAUCUAGUGAACCAUCUGCCUCCGGCGAGUGCCCAGUUCUUGAUUACUUGGAUGUACAGAAUCAACAGAGUUACGAAUCCGGAUCCUGCCGUGACCCGGUUCAGGACCCGGAAGAAUUUCACGGCGAAACAAGUAUAAUACCAGACAGUUAUAACGACUAUUUGCCAAUGGACACUCAAUUUUUGGAUAAUUUAUUCAAUUUCCAAACUCCAGACCAGACACUUUUCGACUUUCCCGAUGAUUUUGGAAGUGUUAAUGAAAUUCCGGCUUACGAUGACAACAGCUUUGAAGUCGCUUGUUUUGGGGAUUUUAAGGAUUCAUUCAAAGAAGUCGACGAUUAUUUCAACGAUUUCGGCGAUUUUGCUUUUGCAGAUGCAUUAACGACACUUUGA